AUGGACGAGACCACCCGAGGCUUUCUAGCCCAGGCUAUCCGGGACGCAUUCACGUCUUCUGGCAUCGAUUAUAACGAAGAGUACAUUGAUUCCUUGAUUUCUAAAGUCGAUAAUGACGUCCUGGAGGCUCAUUUGGCGAGCCAAGACGGCAACACGGAAGAGUCCUCGUUACGAACAACCGGCUCGGCUUUACAAACACCUCCGGCUUCACCACACGGAAGGCGUGGCUCCUAUCGGAUUCUGAAUGCGCCGAAAAGGAAUUAUGGGAAACUUGCAGGCCCAGAACCCAGGAAGAGAAGAAAGCGGCCCAUUUCGAAGCUUUCGAAAAAUUGUGGUGAUAAAUCUCCCUCCGACAGAAUUCCUGAUGAACCUAUCGAGGCAGGUUGUCAGAAUAUAAGUCAACAGCCUGACUACGACCAUGUGAAAGGUACCCGCCAUUUGGAUAUCCCCGUCGACAUUUCCUCGUCGUAUCAAGCAGACUCCGCGUAUGCAGUGAAAGCAAUGUCAUCAAUAUUGUUCGAAUGCGCGAGGGUCAAUUUAGCUAUUGCUCUAUACGGACAUCGAACGAGCGGUGCCCCAACAACAACCAAGCCUGACAACAUCCUGAAAUAUGUCGAUGAGAUUUCGGAAUAUGAUUAUGAGAAGGCAAUUGACGUCAUCCGCAGAGACAAUGCUUUAGCCACAGGAAAGGGUCUGCAAAAUCGGUACAACGAAACAAUUUUCUGGAAAAUCAUUCUCAAGGGUGCUGCGUUGAUCGAUCAUACAAAGCUGCCAUCCGCGAAAGGGCCUGCAGACGGGUUCACAAUGGCGGAAAAAGCUGCAACCAAGAAGUUCAUGGAAGAUGCCGGAUACGGGUUGGGUGCAGAAAACCAACGGCAAUGCCGUGUUUUCUGGAAAAACCUAUUUGAAAUGCGUGAAGCUGGUAUUGACAAAGUCCUCUAUUACCGCACCAAACAAUUCGACAGCUACUGCAAGGGAUAUCCGAAGACGUCAGAAAUCUCCCUUGUGGAUGCAAUAAUGAAGUGGGAGACCCAACAUAGACCUCACAUCGAACAACUGGAAACACGGGCUCUCAGACUCGCGAAAGGCGACCUCAUGCGCCUGUCUGAUCUUGAGCACCCCCAAGUUGUAGAGAGGCUGAAAGUUCACGAGUCCUCUUGGAAUAAUGCCAAAAAUGAACGGGCCUUCACCAGGGAAGAAGAAAGCUUCAAUGCAAAGGGUUUGCAGGCUUUCUCUCCUGAAGUUUUAUGCGCACCCUACGACUACCAAUUAGUAUCAGACUCUGGGGCAGAUAAGUCUACAUUCACCUCUCUCCUGCCGAAAGAUGGUAGCUCCUUGUUCGCCUGUUCCAUUGUCCCCGUGCGUGAGGGGGACUUUCUAGGCAUAUUUGCUGGUAAGAUUCGGUUUUCGGAAAACUGGAGUACAACCCACGGUAUCCGCGGUCCUAUCGACAGUCUGUGGCUAGACUACUCACAAGUCACUGGUACGCUGAACCAAAUGCUGGUCUCAGAACCGGGUGGUCCCGCAAACGUCCGUCUCCAAUGGGAAGUAAUCCAUGAUGAUAUUGGGACCGAUAGUUGCACCUCAUGGAGAGUUUCUGUGAAAGCCACUAAGCCCAUAAUGCCGUUCGACCCUUUCGUUCGCGUGGCUGCUCAGCAGGAGCAGUACGUGCUGCAUUUAUCCUCUGAGAACGCAAAGAGGGGGUUUCUCGGACUUUGCGAAGCUGACUAA